UCAAUCCUUGUGGAAUCUUUUUCCAGGUGUUCCAGGCGCCUCCUGCUGCUGCUGCUUGGCUACAUUGUAUCAGUUCCCACACGAAGAACUACACUGUCGUUCUCGCACAAACGGCGAAUACAGAGGAAUUAACCUGAGUGGAAAGCUAUUCGCUGUUGGAUUAAUUGGCCGAGAGUCGCGGCGGGAGCGGGGAGGGCUUGUUGUCGCACCUACAUCAUGUCUCCCCCGGGCUCGGUUGUCUUCGUUGUUGACGCCAACGUUAUCUCCACUUGACAUGGCACAAGUCCAGUAAAUCGCUGGCCUCCCCUCCUCUCCUGUGGUGGAUGUAUUUGGGGAUUGCGCUGCCACUGGCUUCAUCUUUUUUCACUUCGCAGUGCAAUUCAAAUGCCGAUAUCCAGACUUAUAUUUUUUUGAACGGAGUGGUCGUCACCAUGGAAGAAACGGGAGCCGGAAUACAAAUGGCUAGCUAAGUCGCAAUAUGUGGCCAAAUGGAACGGGAACGUUUAGAACGUGAAGAUCCUUUAACCCUUGCCCUUGUGUCCCAACCGUCCGAGAUAGCGUUGGACCUCCCCGAGGCAAUCCUGGGCCGUUGGCACUAAAAUGUCCCUAAGUGGUGGCACUGCAGGCGGGAAAGGUGUGGACUCUAAUGCGGUGGACACUUACGACAGCGGGGAUGAGUGGGAUAUUGGUGUUGGAAAUCUGAUUAUUGACCUUGACGCUGACUUAGAGAAGGACAAACUUGAGAUGUCUGGCACCAAGGACGGCAUGGCGGCACCACCCAGUGCAGUGGCAGCGUUGCCUGACAACAUCAGGUUUGUUAGUCCAGUGUCUGGCUCUCAAGGCAAGGAAAGCAAAUCCAAAUACAAGCGCAGUAAAAACUCUAAAGACAAUAAUAGCAAAGCUUCAAGUGGAGAUGGGGGCAAAAAGGAAAUUACAGGACGGACUCAAGGCGAGCCAACUAGCACAGCAGUGGGUACAGCCGUUGCAGGCAACAAUUCAGCCUCUGGGAAGAACAUUGAAAAAGGGGGAAAACCCUCUAGAGGUGUUCUGAGUGGAAAAAAAGAUAAAGAAGGGGCAGCAGGCAAAAGUAAAAAGGACAAAACAGAUGGAGCAGCAGUUGUGGCACUUGCUGCAGUGGAGAAGGAGGUUGUGUCUCAAGUCCAAGUUGCUCUGGGGAACAGUCGUAAUACAAAUUAUGAGAGCACACAAUCAACAGACUUUGUAGAAGCCAAUCAAAUUGGGAAUAUUGCUCUUGAGCCUGUUGGAAUAUUACCAGCAUUAACCACAAAAACUGAGCCAGAGGAGAUUGAAAAUGGUACUAUUGAAUGCAAGACGUUGAAGAAGGUGAAAAAUGAAAAGAUGGAAUCUCCUGUCUCAACACCAGUCCCUCCCCCCCUACAUCUCCUUGCCGCAGUAGGCAACAGUGAGAUUUCCUCGCCAUGUGAACAGAUAAUGGUGCGUACACGCUCAGUGGCAGUCAACACUUCCGAUGUGGCCCUAUCUACAGAACCUGAGUGCUUGGGACCCUGUGAACCUGGUACCAGUGUCAAUCUUGAAGGCAUUGUCUGGCAGGAAACGGAAGAUGGAAUGUUGGUGGUAAAUGUUACUUGGAGAAACAAGACGUACGUGGGCACACUUUUGGACUGUACACGGCAUGACUGGGCUCCGCCUCGGUUUUGUGAAUCCCCUACAAGUGACCUGGAAAUGAGGAAUGGCCGUGGCCGAGGUAAGCGGAUGAGACCAAACAGCAACACCCCUAUCAACGAGAACAGCAACUCAUCAGACAACAAAGGCACCACCAACAACAAGACACGUGCUGCCUCAAACAGCAAGGGCAGAAGAGGAAGCCAGACACCCUCGGAGCGUCGCACUCCACCCAACAGCAACACAGAGGAUAUUAAGGCCAGCCCCUCUUCGGCUGGAAAACGUAAGGCAAAACCUGCCUCAGACAUGGAGCCCAAUUCUAGUUCAGAGGACACCAAAGGCAACAAACGCAUGCGGACGAACUCCAACAGUGGAGGGGUCGGGCUACCAGGUCUCCUCAUUCCUUCUAUCAAGACUGAGCCACUUCCUCCUCCUGUUGAUCGGAGCUGUCCCUCACCUGUUCUUAUUGACUGCCCUCAUCCCAAUUGCAACAAAAAGUAUAAGCACAUUAACGGUCUCAAGUACCACCAAGCCCGUGCCCACACUGAUGAUGAUGUGAAGUUGGAAUUAGAUGUAGACAGUGAAUAUGGAGAGGACUCAACAAUUCACCCUGACCCUGGGAACUGUAAUGGAGCAUCCAUCUCACAUAAAGGAUCACUGUCUCCAGCCCGGUCAGUCACUCCAAAAGGAAGGCACUUUGAUGUUCAAAGUCCUUCCCCGUCACCGGGCAAGUUUUGCGCAAAGCAGAGCAAAAAGAGAAUUGCUGAAACAGAUCCAGAAAGUGGAGGUACACCAAUGGAAGUAUGUGAUGAUGCUGCAUGUCUUACUGAUGAAGCCAGUAAUGAUGGCAUUGAUGAAAAAAGAGGCUCUGACAGAUCCAAAAAAGGUAGCACAAAGGCUGAUAAAAUGGCACAAAAAAAUAUGAAAUCACCUCGGACAGUUGGCACUGGCAGUACACCAUCGCAGCAAAUGUUCUCUUUUCCUCCAGGAAAUCCAAAUUCAUCCCCAGGUCUUGCGCCAGUGUUGCAAGGAAUCCCUAAGAGUCCCCAAAUGAAAGGCACACAGCCUAAACCCCCUGCCAUAGGAGAUCCUGCCCCAUGUAGCUCCAAAGACAAGAAGAAGAAGGACAAGAAGAAAAAGGAUGGGGGAAAGGAGGCUGACAGCCCUAAGUCUCUGGCAAAGGGAGGGAAACUGGAAGAGGGAAAACCACCAUACACAGAACCGUGUGAUCAGGGGAAUAAAUCUGAAGGGCUUCUGAAUGGUUCUUCAGACCCACAUCAGAGUCGCUUGGCAAGCAUCAAGGCUGAGGCUGACAAGAUAUACAGUUUUUCUGAUAAUGCCCCUAGCCCGUCCAUCGGCGUAGCCAGUCGAAUAGAUGGCAGUGGAGUGCCACAGCCUCUUACACCGCUUCACAUGGUGAACCAGAAUGGUGCUGAUAACUCCUCUGUGAAAACGCACAGUCCAGCAUACUCUGACAUCUCUGAUGCUGGUGAGGAUGGUGAAGGGAAACUAGACAGUGUCAAAAACAGGACAGAGGACCCGUCACUCAGAGAAAGUGUAAAAAAAGCUCUUUUCCCAAAUCAGACACCCAGCAAAGAUUCCCCAUACUAUGCUGCCUAUGAGACAUAUUACUCGCCCAAUUAUGUCAACCCAAGUCCUGGUGGGCCCAAUCCAGGUACACCAGUGACAGAAGGUCAGGUGAAGAUUAAAAGGGAGGAAGACCAGGAUCAGGUUGAGGAGAAAGUCAAGAUCGAGGUUCAUGAGGAUCGCAAACUUGAUAGUGCUCCUGGCCAGCAACAGCAACAACCCUCUGUCAUUCAACAAAGAUCCAACAUGUAUAUGCAACCUCUUUACUACAAUCAGUAUGCCUACGUACCCCCUUAUGCUUAUCAUUCAGAUCAGGCCUACCAUAACCAUUUAAUGAACACUAACCCAGCCUAUCGACAGCAGUUUGAGGAACGCCAGCGACAAAUGGCAGAACAGCAUCGGGCCGCAGAGAAAAAGUCUGACAUUGUCAUGAAAGAAAGAGAAGCUGCCAUCAAGGAGGACUGGAAACAAAAGAGCCCAAUGCAGCCAAACCUCUCCAAAACCCCAAGUCAGUCUGAUCUUGGAAAGAUGCCACAGCCUACUAACAAAUCCAGGGACUCGCCCUCUGAGGUUUCGUCGAAAUCUAUGGGAGGCAUUAAGGGGGAAGACACAAAGUCCCAGCAAGUUGAAGGGCUAAAAAUGAAGCUGACAGAGGGGCACCAUGGGAAGGAAGAUUCCAAGCAAGCACCGGAUUCAAGAUGUCAGGCUGGUACAGAGCAGACUAUGUGGUACAGACAGGUAAAUAUGUUUUUAGAUUACAGUCAGUACAACAGUCAGCAUUGUGUUUUGGUCUUUCUGCAAUUGUCAUCCUUGUUGCUUUGUUUUGACCACCAGCAGUACCCCGAGAGCCAAAAGACCCAAGCAGAAGGUGAACACCAACAACCACCACCACGAUGGAAAGAUGAGAGGGACAGAGAGCGGGAACGUGAUAGGAAAUCAAAGGACGAACGUUGCAGAUCUAAGGACAUUCAAAGUGGACUCAAGGAGGAGACUAAAGAAAGUACUGAUCUUAGGAUAAAUCCUGAGGAACAUCGGACCCUGAGCAAAGACUCUCGUACAAAUCCCCAUUUGCAGUUCUCAUCACCAUUAGCACAGCAUCAAGGAUACAUGCCCUACAUGCAUGGUUACCCCUAUGGACAAGGGUAUGACCCCAACCACCCUGGUUACAGGGGCAUUCCAUCAGUCAUGAUGCAGAACUACCCAGGUUCUUACCUUCCCGGAGGCUAUCCUUUUUCUCCAUACGGCAGUAAAAUAGCUGGAGCUGAAGAGGCCAGCGACAAAUCUCGCACCAGCCCUACAGUCAACAAGAUGGCAACAGACCCCAAACCUCUCGAUAUCCUACAUCAACACGCCAGCCAAUACAAAAGCAAAUCUCCAACAGUAGGUGACAAGACCCCCCUUGAGCGAGAGCGGGAGCUGGACAGAGUGGCUGGCGGAGAAAGGGAUCGGGAAAGAGACGUGGACCGGCCGCGCUCCUCGCCUUCCCAGAGGAUUAUGCCCUCUCACCACCACCUUGGAUACCCUUUGCUGUCAGGGCAGUAUGACCUGCCCUACACCACAGGGAAGCCUGACCGUCACACCUCAACCCUGCAAAGAUUCAUGUGACUGGCUCACAUGUGCCAAGGAUCUCCCCCCUUUUAGACAUCAGUUCAAUGGUGUUUCUGUCUAUUUAGUUGGUCUGCCUUAGUGUUGGCAGCUUGUUCAUGUCUUUGCUCCUCUAUGACGAUCCAGGUUCAAAGCCAUUACUCUUCCCCUUCAUGCAGAGGAAACACCUCUGAUUAUCUAGUCUUUGCACUGUCAACAAAUACAAUGCAAAAAUAGACGAUUGGACUUUUGUUUUUCUUUGACUACAUUGUUUUUUGUUGUCUACAGACGAAAAUAGCAGAGGUUUCUUGUUGGGUGACCGAUGGCAAAGGGGAGCGAAAUUUUAAUGAAAGACUUGCAGAGAAAAUCUUAUUGAGAUGAGUUCAACUUUAUGUCCGUGGCAUUUUGUAUGCCCUUGAAGCAACAAUAUAUCCGAAACUUGACAAAUGUUUGGUUCUUUUUCAUCGGGGAGAGGUAAUUGUGGCAACUGCUGCUUUCUUCAGCGACUCAGACUCAGAGAACGUGAGACUGAAGUUUUCAUUCUCACUGUCACUAUGAUUUCUCAUGUUUGAACCCUCAGUUCAUGUUUCAGGGAUGAUGUCACCGUGUUUUGGCAAAGGGACCGCGUACACCUCAACACAGAUUCAACAUGAGCCGUGGCUGCUUUUGUAGAACGACUCACGUUCAGGACUGAUCGUCAUCUUUGAAUGUCAGAAUGCUGGUGUUAAUGCUGUUUGACUUUACACACUCACUCACAUAGAUUGGUGUCAUGUAGAGCGAAGCCACAUUAGUAUGAGAUCGAUUCACUGUGCCAUUGGUGGGGGUAACGGUAAAAGUUUGUUUUCUGUUGUAAUAUAGACUUUCAGCUCGGAUAUAAUAAGUGGUUAAAUGAUUGGACUUGCCCCAACAGAUGUGUGUGUGUGUGUGUGUGUGUGUGUGUGUGUGUGUGUGUGUGUGUGUGUUCGUCCAGGCCAUUUUAAUCAACAACUGGUCAGAUGACUAGAUCAUACCUCAAUUUAAUUCCUCACUCAUUUGCUGAUGUGGCUUCACUCUCACACACACACACACACACACACACACACACACACACACACACACACACACACGCUCACCUGGCUUUGGAUCAUCCAACGUCCUCUGUUGCACAGUUGUCUUCCGUGAUGUCAUAUCAAACUUGUGGCAAGAGAAGAUAAAAAUGCAGCGAAAAUGUGCCUGUUGACACAAAGUAAGCAAUGAACAGUUGAAGAUGAACUCCAUCCACAAUGUCUUAUUUGUUUUAUUUGGAUUUCACUUACACUACUCGCAACAAGUCAGGGAUGUUGGACUUUCAGGUGAAAUUUCAGGAUCAAGCAAAAAUGCACUGCAUUUGUCCCUCACUACAAUUUCACAAUUCAAUAUGCGCUCCGCCUGAGACACGGCACAUGUCAAUUCGGUACCCCAGCUCCUCCCAAACAGGCUGCAGCAUGUGUUGGGUAAGAGUCUGCAGUGCAGUACUGAUUCUCUGCUGAAGUUCCUUUGGGCUUACGUUUCUUUUGGCUUUGCAACAUUUUUUGACAAACACGCUCGACCGUCUCUUCUGCUUUUGGUCGUCCAGAUCCUUUUGUCCUGCACAAACAGCCUUCCUCUUUGAAUUUUUGUGCCAUGUCCAAAUCUGCACUGCUGUAGGUGAGUGUUUGGGAAGUCUCCCACAAAUGCACGCUGCACGGUCUUGUUCGACUGCGAUCGAGAUACUCCAACACACAAAACGCUUUUUCUCUUCCAGUGAAGGGCAUCUCUGUAUCUGUAAAGAUAAAAACAUCAAACAUUAAACAUCAAAUUGACCUGUUUUAAAAACUUGCUGUCAAAAUGAGAAGACAUUUGAACGGGGAUUUGCUUAGAUAUCAACUUGCGAAAUGAUUUAACAUUUUUUGAAACACCCUGUAUCAUUUUUACAGGAGAACGGCAAACGUGAUCCUUGAAUGGAGCAAUAAAUGUCCUGGUUCGAGGACAAUUGGUGCUCUUCAUCAUUCUGUCUACAUUUGGACAUCACGAGACCAAGACCACACCUAACAAUUGAUCAGCAGUACCUCACCUCAAACAGGAUGUUCUCAGAGGGAAGUGGCCACUGAGCAUAGAGUGUCACAGUCCUACAGAGAGACUGAAGGAGUCAAAGAAAAUGUUUCGGUCCAUUCAUGGAUCACACACCUUUCCUUGAUAGAGAACAGCGUUACAGGUUCAUCUUAAAAAUGUCACCCAAAAGCCCAAAAUCCCCAACUUUUGUGAGUAGUGUAUGUGAUGCUGCAGUUUAAAUUCAACCCCAAAAGUGUCAACAGAAGCCUCACUUUCAGUGUACUUGAGGGUGCAUGUGUGCGCAAGGAAGACACAUUAUCGAUGACAUAUUUGAGUUUUCACAUCUUUACAUUGCUUACAACUCUUGAAUUGAUCAUCAUCCCAAGUACACGUCUUCUCCGCUGAACGGCAUCUUCUUGACAUUUGUGUGUUUUUUUAAGAAGACAAUGGCUGAGUCAGAUGAAUGUGGUGUUUGAUUAGUAUUUAAUCUAUAAGAGUAAUAAUCUAGGCAGCUGUGAUGUUGUCAUUCAAGUCCGUGGGGUUUUAGUACCAGCAUACUGCAUACAUAUAGUUUGAUCAAAUAAUGGUUGUGACAAGUGCAUUUGUUCGCUCAGAGAGUAGGAAUAUAAUCUCAGUAGUCAGCAAAGCCCUGUGAAAAGAAAUCCUAUAUUAUAAAAAUAAAAAAAAUUUAAAAAGUCUAUGAAAAGCCAGAAAGGUUAAUGUUUGCUUUCAUCAUAAUGGAAAGUGCUCUUGUGGCUCUUGUGUUUUGUUUCACGGUGCAGAGUAUAUUUAUUGGCCAGCAGUUGGUGCCUCGUUGAACAUUCUUGUUUGAAAACACAAAGUCUCUCCUCGUUUGUCCUUUCCUGACCCACCUCCUGUCAUACAAAGUACCAACAGCGGUGCUUGCAAGGAUGUUUACAAUGUCUGCGACGUCUUCUUUCUAUGUUAGACAUCCAGAAAUCUUCUUUCUCUCUUCCACCCUCUCCUCUUCUCUCCAUCCCUCCCUCCCUUCAGGAGUUUGUGAAAAGUGUACAUUACCAUGAUUCUUUUUUUAUACAAUACUCUGUAACUUGCCUUUGUAAAUUUGGGCUGGAAAAAAUAAAUCUUUUUAUGA